UAGCGAGUUCUUUCCAUAAGCGAAUCUUAUGAUGUUAAUGUAUAAUGUAUUAUUGUUUGUUCCUCUCUUGUGGGAAACGUAAUGAAUGCUUAACUAUUGAUAUUUGAUAGUGAUCGUAUUUUAUUCGUAUUUUAUAACUCACAAACGAUCGAAUUUUUAAUUUUAGCAAUAAACGAAUGAUUUUAUUUUUGUUUUUACUAUACAUCUUUAUGUUUAAUUUUUCUGUGAUCUCAACCGUCGCAAUGUUUAAAUGAUCAUCUGCGUACCGAACGUAAUUCACGCACUUUUGGCAACACUUUGUAUUAUUUCUCAACGGUCCGCAGUUACUUACGUUUUACAACUAAAUACUGGCUAUUUAGUGUUAAUUUGGUUUAUAUGUAUUACGUUCCUAGCAGAUUUUAGUGUUACAAAACAAACGAAAAUACAAUAAUUUAUUGUAUAGGUACUGAUUAUAUUUGUGGAAUAUCAACUAAUUAUAAUAUAAUGUAUUGAAAUUUAUGAUUCAAUAUGUCACUACUCAUAAAAUCUGAAGACAUUGUGGAGUUGUCAUCAGAUGAAGAAUCGAUGGCACUGUUGAGUAAUGGACCGCCAAAUACUGAGCCCGGACCGCCAAAUACGGGGCGCCCUUCAACACCUGAUACACAAUGUUCAAUUUGUCUUGAUGAUUUAACCAAUAAAUGUUAUUCAAAUUCCUGUUGGCAUUUAUUCUGUUUUGAAUGUUUAAAACGAUGGUCAAUUUCUGAACCAACUUGUCCAUUAUGUAAGAAAUCUUUCAACACUAUUUAUCAUUCAUUUGAUGAUCAGGGUGUCCAUGAAACAUAUAAUGUUCCUUUGCCGCCCAGAGCACCAUCUUUUUUUAGACCAAGAAUAUUUAUACGGCCAUAUAGUGAAAUGACAGAUGAUGUAAACAGAAUGUUCAGAAUGAAUUUGUUCAUGGAUAUUGUCCGUAGAAAUGAGAGAAUGAUAAAUAACAUUAAUCAUUUAUAUGACCCAGACUAUAAUCAUAAUGACAAUGGUCGACUUUUUGAUGCGAAUCAAGAUUAUUCACGUCCUACCUUACAAAGACCUAUCAUGGGUCAAGCAACGAGAAUACGAGUGUAUGUUGAAAAUGCGUGGGCUGAACCAUUACCUGAUUUAAGUGGUCGUUUUAGAGAUUGCAGCUCUGCUUUUUAUCGAAAUAACCCAGCUCAAACAUAUAGGUUACAUGCAUUCAUCCUUAGAGAUCUUGUUGCCAUAAGAGAAACUGCAAGAAUAGAGGGUCUGCCUGUUCCUCUUUUGGAGAGUGCUGAUGUUUCUGUGACAAAUUUAAUCAUGCGAUCACUUUCAGCUUAUGAAAUAAGAGAGUUGCAUAUGAUUAACAUCUUAAGGCCUUUUCUGUUUCGGCAAACAUCACAUUUUUGCCAUGAACUAUAUAAUUUUGCUAAUAGUCCAUAUGACAUAAUUGGCUAUGAUCGUCACGUUCAAUAUUCCUUUCGAACUAGAUAUACUUCACCUGCACUGAGUCCACCAUAUCCAGUUAGAAUAAUUGCGCCAAAUUUUAUAACAAUGAUGGAACCUCCACCAAUCGCAUUACCAAUUCCAGCAUCAGAUCCAUCUCGGCGAGUUAUUGGUGAAACAAUUGUAUUGGAUUCAGAUAAUGAAGAAGCUCAAUUGCCGAUAUUGGAAGUUAUCGUUGUUAGCUCUAGCGGCGAUGACUCUGAUGUUGAAAUUCUAAGUCACUCCUUCCGUUCUAUCGAAGCACGUAAUCCUACUUCAAUAGACCAACCAUCUACAUCUACUGGAAUUCGACAUUCAUUAGAUCGACCAAAUAAUAGGUAUAAUUUAAGGAGACGAAGAUUACUCUCGCCAACUAUAAGUGAUUCUUCAAGUUUUAUACGUCCUCACAGUUCUGUACACGGUAUGCCUCGAGUGAUUUAUCCAUCUCAUGCAAGAAGAAGAAGGCCCUCUCUAGAUUCUUCAUCAGAUGAUGAAGAACUAAUUACUGCUACUCGAAGUUCUCAAGCUACUCGUACAAAAUCUAAAGAUAAUAAUAACAAAAAGAAAAGAAAACCGAAAAAAAAUAAAAAUAAAAAAAGAAAAUUAAAUGAUUUAAGGUCUGAAAUCCGUAGCACCAACAGAAGUCGUUCAUAUUCAGGAUCCUCCUCAUCUUCGGGUGAUACAGAUAUAAGACCAAAUCACAGUCAUACUGAUAUUAUACUAUAAACUUAUAUUAAUUUGUUUAAAGGAAGAAUUUUUGUAUUUGUCUGACCUUGGACCUUAAAAAGAUCAACACUGAAGUUUUUUAUAGUUACUUACCAUAAAAAGUUACUAGUUUAAUUAAUUUAAUUAAAUUGUAAUACUAAAGAUUUAUGAGCAAAAAGUGAUAAAUUAUUUAUUAUUUAUAUGUUUUAAAUAACUUAACUAAAAUGUUAUGUACAUAUUAUUAUAAUUUAUAAUGUAUGCAUUAUGUAAUCACAGUAGAAGUUUUAAUUUUUAGUCUAUGUAAACAACAAUAGACAAUUUCUGAUUUUAUUUAUUUUAAUUAAAUAAUUUGUGUGUUCGAUGCCUUAAAAUAAAAAUAUAUGUAUGAUAAUCUUAGUAUGUUAUGUAUAUAAAUGAUUCAAUCAA